UACAAACCGAAGAAAUUUCACUGCAGAAGUGCAAAUUCAAACAUCAAUGACAGCAGCAGCUGCAGAAGAUGAGCAACGCAACCCCGAUUAUAAUCUCAGAAUUUGUACCGUGAUUCGCAACUCUACAAGUGAAGAUUCUGAGAUUGAGCAAAAGCAACUGAUAAAAGAAGAAGAAGAUGAAGAAGAUGAAGAAGAAGAAUUGCGCCGCCUCUUGUUGCCUAAUGUGGACGAGUUGCCGCAAGUUCCCCCUUCCUCUAUUGAAGCCAAUUUCACAACCUUUUUCGCUCCGGAUUUUAUGAAGCCUGGGCAUGAUCAGUAUGUUCAUCGUCAUGCCAAUGGGCUGUGUGUGAUUGGUUUGGCUCCGCAUCACGUGGCAUUGAAGGAGAAAGGGGGAAUCGUUUCUGUCGAUUUUAAUGUGGGGAAAUCCGACCGGAGCGGGAUUAAAGUAACCGGAAAGCGAAAAAAGAAUGCGCAGCAUUUUGAAACCAACACGGCAUUAUGUAAAGUCUUCACUGCUGAGAGUUCUUACAUAGCGAGAUGUUGUGUAAAAGGGUCUCUAUUGGAAGUAAAUGAAAAGCUAAUCAAGCAACCAGAAUUGCUCAACACAAUGCCAGAGAGAGAGGGAUACAUUGCGAUUAUGAUGCCAAGACCUGCAGAUUGGCUCAAAGCAAAGGCUUCUCUGCUGGACUUUGAAAGCUAUCGAAAGCUGAGAACGGAGCAGUGACUUGGUUUAUCCCCACCAAUGCUUUCUUGUGUUGCGGUGAGUUUUGAGUACUUGUUGCAACAAACUGCAUUCUAAACUUUUUGAAAUGUGGAUGAAACUUAUUAACUUAUCUGAUUACUUGAUAUAAAAAUAGUGAUCCAACUUGAUCCACCUUUUCUAUA